AUGCUGGCCACUUUGUUCGUUUCUGCCCUGGCCUGGAGUCAGCUCGCGCAAGCACAUGGAACAAUUACCAGAGUCAUAGGCGCCAAUGGUGUGGUUAUGCCUGGACUCACUGUUCUUGACGGUACUCCUCGAUCAGUUACCUCUGCUGCCUCUGGCGGACAGGUAGAUACCAGCGUGAUCCGUGACCCGGAGCUUGGUAGCAGUAAAGCCUCCGCACUUGGUCGAACUAGCAAAGGUCCGGUCGAUCCUGCUCGCGUCAUCAAAACGUUCAUGCAAGGUCUCUCGAGUCGAUCCCUUGCUGAUAGCAUCCUUGGAGGAGGAGAAGAAGCCACGAGAGAGGCCGUAUCUUUCGUAACCGGGAAUGCCGGCGCAGUUAUAAAUGGCGUACAAGACGGAGUCGAAGGCUCCCCGGUGGGUGGCUUGGCUCUAGAGGCUGAGCACGGGGUCAAUGGUCUUCUAGAUGAUUUCUUCCAAACCGCGAAGGGAGUUCCAUCUCCUCGUGGAUAUAUCGAAGAUAGCGUCCAGAAGUGUGCUGGCGCUGGUGCGAAGUCUGGUUUACCGACUACUGCAUCUGAUGGAACUCUCAAGUUGAUCUAUCAUCAGGUUAAUGAAGACGGUGCUGGCCCCCUGCUGGUAGAUAUUGACUUUACCUCGGGAGGGACUGAUCCAUCAGCGUUCGAGUCUGCCUCCGUUGUACAGAAUAUUGUCGGCGUAUUGGGCUUCUCUACCGGAAGCUCGACUGACUUUCCGGUAGUUGUCAAAGUGCCUGCCGGUAAAGCAUGCUCUGGAACUGUGGCCGGUGUUUCUGGUGUGUGCAUUGCAAGGGUGCGAAACAGUGCUACUGCUGGUCCUUUUGGCGGCGCAGCGGCCUUUACUCAUCACCCCAAGGCUGCAAAGGCGAAGCCUUCCAGCGCAAAGUUCCGUCACCGCCAUGUCUAG